UAAACAGGACUGAUCAUUGAUCAUGGUCUAACAUUUAAAGUGUUCAGUGUGAACAUAGCUUCAUCCUGAGCAUGCGCAACAACGGGCGAAGCUCCGAACAACCAUUUCCGCGUCUAUGAAUGGGUUCGAGAUUUAUUUUGCCGUGUGCGAGAGUGUGUACUACAGUGACUCGUCGGCUAUCGACGACAGUUCAGCACUUGAAGUCGAAGAAUAGCGCAUUAAAAAUAAAAACAAUGGAAUUUUUCACAGAAGAAAGGGGGACACCCAACACGGGGAAUUAUCGUGUGUUUUUUAAAAAUGCAGAUGGGAUUCCAAUCUCUCCAUUUCAUGACAUUCCUCUGUAUGCAGAUGCAAAUAAUAAGCAUUUCAAUAUGGUUGUUGAGAUUCCACGAUGGACAAAUGCCAAAAUGGAGAUCUGUAAAGAAGAGCUACUGAACCCUAUAAAACAGGAUGUAAAGAAUAACAAUUUAAGGUUCGUGAAGAAUAUCUUUCCUCACCAUGGCUAUAUCUGGAACUAUGGAGCUUUACCUCAGACUUAUGAAGACCCUAAUCAUAUCACACCAGACACUGGAGCUAAGGGGGACAGUGAUCCCAUUGAUGUUUGUGAGAUAGGUCACAAGAUUCACCCAAGAGGAUCUGUUGUAAAGGUCAAAGUAUUGGGGGUUAUGUGUCUUAUUGAUGAAGGUGAAACUGAUUGGAAGAUUUUGGCCAUUGAUGUUACAGACCCUCUUGCUUCAUCAUUAAAUGAUGUACCAGAUAUUGAGGCUAAUUUUCCAGGUCUUCUGAGGGCAACAUAUGAAUGGUUUAAGUAUUACAAGGUGCCUGAUGGGAAACCUGAGAAUCAGUUUGCUUUUAAUGGAGAGGCUAAAAAUAAAGAUUAUGCUUUACGUGUGAUUGAAGAAACACAUGAGCAGUGGUCCACCUUGUUGAAAUCAUUAGAUGAUUCCAAAAUUUGUAGACAAAAUGUUACUGUUGAAAAAUGUACACAUUUAAUUGAUGCAGAAGAUGCUAAAAGAACACUAAACAAUGCCCCUGAAUUAGUGGCAGGAACUGAAAUGAAACAGGAACACAACAAAUGGUACUAUGUUAUACCAGUUCAUGCCAAGUAAGGUGCCCAUCACUGGAUGUCCAUUAUUUGGUUUUGUUGAAAUUUAGUUAACAUCAAUUGAACAUUUGUACUUUAAUUUUCAAGAUUUGAAAAAUCUGUUUAUUCUCACCUGAUUUAAUUAGAUCAAUGGCCCAAAGCUUUUUUUUUUUUUUUGGAACAUUUACUUCUUUCAUUUUCAACUUGGUGCUUUUCAAUUGUUUGGCUAAUGUAUUUGAUAAAUAUUUAUGAUUAAGAAUCUACUUGUGCAGUCACAUACAUUCAUCAAUAAAAAAGAAUAACAAUUUAA